CAAUCCUCUGGGCGUUUAUUUCCGGUUUUUCUAGCUCGGCCGUAAGUGGUGUUUCUAUUAGUCGCGCAGUGGUGACCAGCGGCCCUCGGUGAAGAGUUUUUUCUGUUCGUUGACAUUGUUGCUGUUCACUGUUUGGAAUUAGUCAAGUUUCGGGAGUCACCACCACUGCCAUCAACAUGUCGGUCCCAAGCGCCCUCAUGAAACAACCGCCCAUUCAGUCUACGGCUGGGGCCGUCCCGGUUCGCAAUGAGAAAGGCGAGAUUUCGAUGGAAAAAGUGAAGGUAAAACGUUAUGUAUCGGGAAAGAGGCCAGACUAUGCCCCAAUGGAGUCCUCAGAUGAGGAGGAUGAAGAGUUUCAGUUCAUUAAGAAAGCCAAGGAACAAGAAGCAGAGCCUGAGGAACAGGAGGAGGAUUCAUCUAGCGACCCUCGGCUGCGGCGUUUGCAGAACCGUAUCAGUGAAGAUGUGGAAGAGAGACUGGCUCGACAUCGGAAAAUAGUGGAACCUGAAGUGGUAGGAGAAAGUGACUCCGAAGUAGAAGGGGAUGCUUGGCGCAUGGAACGAGAAGAUAGCAGUGAAGAAGAAGAGGAAGAGAUUGAUGAUGAGGAAAUAGAACGGCGCCGUGGCAUGAUGCGUCAGCGAGCACAGGAGAGAAAAAAUGAAGAGAUGGAAGUCAUGGAGGUGGAAGACGAGGGACGUUCUGGGGAGGAGUCAGAAUCAGAGUCUGAGUAUGAAGAGUACACAGACAGUGAAGAUGAGAUGGAGCCUCGCCUUAAGCCUGUCUUCAUUCGGAAGAAGGACCGAGUAACAGUUCAAGAACGGGAGGCAGAAGCAUUGAAACAGAAGGAGCUGGAGCAGGAGGCCAAACGCAUGGCUGAGGAAAGGCGCAAGUACACGCUCAAGAUUGUGGAAGAGGAGACCAAGAAAGAGCUGGAGGAGAACAAGCGGUCCCUGGCUGCACUGGAUGCGCUCAAUACUGAUGAUGAAAAUGAUGAGGAGGAAUAUGAGGCAUGGAAAGUUCGGGAGCUCAAGAGAAUCAAGAGGGACAGAGAAGAUCGUGAAGCGCUUGAGAAGGAGAAAGCAGAAAUUGAACGCAUGCGAAACCUGACUGAGGAAGAAAGGCGAGCAGAGCUUCGGGCAAAUGGCAAAGUCAUUACCAACAAAGCUGUUAAGGGCAAAUAUAAGUUCUUACAGAAGUAUUAUCACCGGGGUGCCUUCUUCAUGGAUGAGGAUGAAGAAGUAUACAAGAGAGAUUUCAGCGCACCUACCCUGGAGGAUCAUUUCAACAAAACCAUUCUUCCCAAAGUCAUGCAGGUCAAGAACUUUGGACGCUCUGGUCGUACCAAAUACACCCACCUUGUGGAUCAAGACACCACCUCCUUCGACUCAGCAUGGGGCCAAGAGAGUGCCCAGAACACAAAGUUCUUUAAACAGAAGGCAGCUGGGGUACGAGAUGUAUUUGAACGGCCAUCUGCCAAGAAGCGGAAAACUACUUAAGAGUUCAACUAUUUAUUCUUCCAACUGUGGGACACAAGGGAAUCUCAGCAUCUGGUCCUUCAUUUGCUUUUACUAUUAUUUACAUGGCCUCUGCUGGACCUACUUGUGAGACUGGGCAAACCCAGUCUUUGAAGGUGCUUUGUGAGGUUUGGACUCACGCUGAGAAACCCACAGAAAAGCAGUCAGGGUAGGAUUAAAGGAUCCCCACUUAGAACUAUUUCUGAGAAAUCUUCAACUUCAUCACUGCUCUGGCUUCCCAUAUUCACUUGGGACUGUUCCAAGUUUCUUUUUCCAGCUCUUAGCUUGGGUUAGAAACAUGGGCAUGUAAGUGGACAAUGUGUUACUUCUACCUUACAGGAAAUCUAAGCUCUUUGAGACCUGUUUUGCAUUUUGGGGGUAAAUUUUUCUAGGUGAACAUACUUUUUGAUUCAUUUAUGUGUGUCAAGAAAUAAGACUCAUACACCAAGAGCUUUUUUUAGCAUACUGGAAAUAAAAUGUACAGCCUGACAAGUACCCAUUAACCAAAAUAAAAGAUAGCAGAGAAUUGUCUGGCAAAA